AUGAAAUUUCUUUACUUUCUUUCCAUUCCAUUUCUUGUCGCUCACGACCUCGAUCCAAACAUCGAAGCUGAAAAGUUUGAAAUCAGUUUAAUCGAACAUCAUCGAGCCAAAAAUACCACUAUAAUUCAUCCAAAUUUUAUUCUGGAAUUUCCAAAUGGUUGGAAAGUUUCGAGAAAUAAUUUUAUUAAAAUGUUUCUGAAAAAGAAACCAAUGGAAAAAAUCGAAGUAACUGGAUGGUUUGCACCGAAUGGAUUAUUGGUCAUGCAGAAAAAGGAUAAAUCUGGAGGACCGGAAAAGAUUAGUGCGAAUUUCGGAAAACCUGAUAGCAGUAUUAAAGGAGGAUAUGUUUGUAUAAAAUUGUGGGAAGUUUGAAAUAAUUCGUUUUAUUUUUAUUUUGAAUAAAGUUUCAGUAUUCAACUAGAAUUUGGACUUUGAUGAUUUUUUUUAGUAAAUCCAAAAAAGGUUCCAAGUUUUUUAUUUUCUCUAACUUCUCUGCAUCUCUCGAACAUUUAUUCUGAAAACUAAGUAUUAUGAAAUCUUGUUCUGCCAGCUCAUCCAGAUAAUCACUCUCUUCAUUCCCCCAGAAAUUUCACAAUUUUUCCCCCAAAAACUUCAUUUUUCUUUUCUCUUUAACCACACCACAACUAUAUUGUAUAUAUUUUUUCAAAAAAAAAAAAAAUCAUAUUGUACAAUAUAUUUAUUUACAUGUAAUUUUCGCGCCAAACAAUUCCUUUCUUCUUUUUCUCCAUUUUUUUCUAAAUAACUUUUUUCUGUGUCUACCCGCAAAGCAAAAAAAUCUCAUUUAUUUGCGCAUGUACUAUACCAACUUUGCAGUUGCCACAGGGGUUUAUUUUUGGGGGCGUUUUUGUUUCGAACAGUUCGACUAAAACUUUUUGGCGCCAAAACUUUUUUCUAAAUUCUUGACUUUACAGUACUCCAUUUGUUAUUUAUUGUAGGGAACCAAUUUUAGAUCGACAGUAUUCGGUUGGAUUGUUAUCUGAAUUUUUUUUUGAAAUUGUUGAUCCACAGUACCCAUCCGAGCUAGUGAGCUACAGUAGUCUUCUAAAUUUCACAGCUCCAGUAAUUUUGGAAAUUUUUUGAUCCACAGUACUCCAUAAAUAUAUUGAGGUUGAGUUACACAAGAUUUCAAAGCUACAAUACAUCUAAAAACCUACUAUCUUCACAUAUAAAUUCUGAAUAACCUUUAUUUACAAAAAUGCCCCAUUUUUUCGCCAAAAUCAAUAUUCCAUGUUUUUUUUUGUUAUCUCUCUCAUCUUUUUUGUUCUUGUCAAAAGAAAAAAACAUUAUCCUCCGUUCCACUCGACUUUUAUCAUUUUCAAUCUCAUUUAUUUUUUUGUUUACACAAAAUUUCGCAAUUUUUUCGAAGCUUCCAAAAACUCUUUGGCAGAGUUCCCAGUGAGUAAUUCAAUUCUACAAACCAAAAAUUUUUAGUCCCAAGAUUGUUUCAGAUCUCAAGUAGUUUGGAAAUUUUUGGGAUAUUGAAAUAGACUCUGUGAAUUUGCACAACUCAUUGUCAGCUAGGCCACACCCAUUUUUUCAUAAUAAUAAUGAUAUUGUAAAAUAAUCCGAUUAUGCGAACCACUUGUCAAAAAUUGUGUGUUUGUUCAGCUAUUUUUUGCUAUUCGAAAUAGAAAAAUUGACAAAAAAGGCGCCACGAAAAAAUCAAUGAGUCAUAAUUAUUUUUUCUUCCCAAAGGUAACUUUUUAUCACUUUUUCUCUUCCAUAUCAAAACUUUUUGAUAAGAAAACAUGUGUUUUGAUUUUUUUCGCAAUAAAUUCAUAAAUAAUUAGAUUAAAUCGGAAAUAAAUUAAAUUAAUCCGUGAACUAAAUUUGGGUCAAAAUAGUUUCAUCUUUUCAUUUUCAUUUCGUUAUUUAUUCAUUUUCAAACAAAAAAUAAAAUUCGAAUUCAGGACAAAAUGUUUCGCGAAAAAGAUGUUUCUUGCCGUUUGAUUCGACCAACAAUUCCAGAAAUCCACGUGGAUAAAUUGGUACUUUUUGUUGAAAGAUGGAACCCGGAUUGGGAAGUUGAUGCAAGUAUUCAGGUAAGAUAUUUUGAAAAGAGGGGGCCUCAUAAGGGAAAAAUGGAAAAUUUAGAGAAUUUCUGAAUUUUUGUUGAAAAAAUCACACUAAAAUUUUUAGAGUAGAAAAUGCAAAAAAUUUUCUUGAAAUAAAAAAAAUUAAAAUUCUUUCAAGAAUUAGCAAAUUUGGAGCUGGGAAAAUAUAAGAAAUUUUCAGAAAGCUGGUUUCUAAUAUUCCAAAAUAUUGCCAAAUUUCAGCUAUUUUGUGAAGUUUUUGAAAUUCAAAAAAAUUAUGUUAUUUUUCGUCAGGCUUACAGAAUCGCGGCUUCUCGUUCCCAUCUGAUCUCAAUUAAAUUUCAGAUUUUCGAUGAAGGAAUUGCUCAAUAUAUGCUAACCGAUGUUGAAUCUCAUUAUAAAUAUUUCGCCGCUUUGAUCCUUUCAAAACCAAGUUUGCGAUGUCAAAUAACCAAAGAAGAGCCUCGAGAUAUUUUGGAAGAACACGAAAAUCAUAUCAAACUUUUUGGUGGCGAAAAAUUGAAUCACGAAUCAUCGAGAAUGAUCGAAUAUUUGAAAGAUGUUUUGCAUAAAAGAGGUUAUCGAUUUGAUUGA